AUGGCUCCUUCUUUAUUCCUGAUCCAGAGGGCUCUGCUGAGUCUAAGUGGUAGUGCAAGUCUCAGCGAACUUAACAUUCAGAAUCUAUUCAGAAUGGAUGGAUCGCUACUUAGAAUUCAUUGUUUUGACAAUGGCCCUACCGCCAACAAAUACCUGUCCCUUCAUGCGAUUAAUGAAGCUUUCGAUGCGGCGAUCUCGAGAUGUUGA